AUGGAGGUAGAAAAAUGCUACGAACAUUCCUGCAACAACAGGGGGAAAUUAAAAUUUUAUGAAAAUAAAAAUUCAAAAAAACAAAACACAUUUCCACCUGACAGGGAAGAAAUAGGAAGAGCAUCAUGGCUAAUUUUACAUACCAUAUCCGCAAAUUAUCCGAACGAGCCAACAGAAGAGGAGAAAAUAAAACAUACUAAAUUUUUUUAUGCUUUUUCAAAUUUGUAUCCUUGUCAUAUAUGUAAACUGGACCUAUUUCAAAUUUUGAAAAACUACAAGCUGAAUUGUGAUAAUAAAAUAAGCUUUUCAGAAUUCAUUUUUAACUUGCAUAAUAAGGUGAAUGAAGAGAUAGGAAAGGACAUAUUUCCAUGUGAUGAUAUUCAACAUAUAAUUGAAAGGUACCGGACAGUGGAAUGA